AGCACAGAUGAGUUAAUAUCCUUCUUGAUUAUUUGGCGACAUUGAUAUCGAAGAAGACCAGAUAGAGAUGGCGAGCGAAGAAGAGAGAGCAAUAGAGAGCCAGCUGGAGCUUCAGUUACAAGAGCAGGAAGAUUCACUUUCGGCCUUGAACGAUGCUCUCGCCUCAGACCCUUCCAAUCUCGAACUGCUCUCGGUUCAAGAGGAGCUUGUUCAGGCAAUUAAAGAUGCAAAGGAUGGACUUCUGCACCUAAAGCGUGCACGCUUACUGCGAGAAGUUGAUUCUGCACUACAUGAUUCAAAGCAUACUACUGAUGAUAUCAAGGUAGAGCCUCUUGAUCCAAAUGACUUCGAACCAGAAACAUUGGAAGAGCAAAGUUACUCUGUUGGAUCAAAGUGUAGAUUCCGUUACAAUGAUGGACGUUGGUAUAAUGGUAAAAUUAUUAAGUUGGAGGGUUCUAAUACUGCGAAGGUCUCUUUCCUCACCCCUACAUCAGAAAAUAUGCUG